GAGGGGCGGCCUGGCCCGGACGCGGCGGGGCGGGGGCCGAGGAGCGCUCCGGGCUGCUGGGGGAGCGACGGGCCCGGCGCCCCCGCGGACGAGCCGCGGCGGGAGAGCGGACACUGCUCGCCAUCGCCCGAGCCCAGGUUAUCCUGAAUACCACAUGCCUGAUACUUUUCCUUGCAACGUUAGCCAUUGUUUUUCACUGCCUCCAAAAGAUCAGAAUUUCUCCGGAAAUUGGACACAUAUUUGAUUUAAAAGAAAUAACUGUAACAAAUGGACAAUAUGUCUAUUACAAAUACACCAACAAGUAAUGAUGCCUGUCUGAGCAUUGUACAUAGUUUGAUGUGCCAUAGACAAGGUGGAGAGAGUGAAACAUUUGCAAAAAGAGCAAUUGAAAGUUUGGUAAAGAAGCUGAAGGAGAAAAAAGAUGAAUUGGAUUCUUUAAUAACAGCUAUAACUACAAAUGGAGCUCAUCCUAGCAAAUGUGUUACCAUACAGAGAACAUUGGAUGGGAGGCUUCAGGUGGCCGGUCGGAAAGGAUUUCCUCAUGUGAUCUAUGCCCGUCUCUGGAGGUGGCCUGAUCUUCACAAAAAUGAACUCAAACAUGUUAAAUAUUGUCAGUAUGCGUUUGACCUAAAAUGUGAUAGUGUCUGUGUGAAUCCAUAUCACUAUGAACGAGUUGUAUCACCUGGAAUUGAUCUCUCAGGAUUAACACUGCAGAGUAAUGCUCCACCAAGUAUGUUGGUGAAGGAUGAGUAUGUUCAUGACUUUGAGGGACAGCCAUCAUUAUCCACUGAAGGACAUUCAAUUCAAACCAUCCAGCAUCCACCAAGUAAUCGUGCCUCAACGGAGACUUACAGCACCCCAGCUCUGUUAGCUCCAUCUGAGUCUAAUGCUACCAGCACCACCAACUUUCCCAACAUUCCUGUGGCUUCCACAAGUCAGCCUGCCAGUAUACUGGCGGGCAGCCAUAGUGAAGGAUUGUUGCAGAUAGCUUCAGGGCCUCAGCCAGGACAGCAGCAGAAUGGAUUUACUGGUCAGCCAGCUACUUACCAUCAUAACAGCACUACCACCUGGACUGGAAGUAGGAGCGCACCAUACACACCUAAUUUGCCUCACCACCAAAACGGCCAUCUUCAGCACCACCCGCCUAUGCCGCCCCAUCCCGGACAUUACUGGCCAGUUCACAAUGAGCUUGCAUUCCAGCCUCCCAUUUCCAAUCAUCCUGCUCCUGAGUAUUGGUGUUCCAUCGCUUACUUUGAAAUGGAUGUUCAAGUAGGAGAGACAUUUAAGGUUCCCUCAAGCUGCCCCAUUGUUACUGUUGACGGAUAUGUGGACCCUUCUGGAGGAGAUCGCUUUUGCUUGGGUCAACUCUCCAAUGUUCACAGGACAGAAGCCAUUGAGAGAGCAAGGUUGCACAUAGGCAAAGGUGUGCAGUUGGAAUGUAAAGGUGAAGGUGAUGUUUGGGUCAGGUGCCUUAGUGACCAUGCAGUCUUUGUGCAGAGUUACUACUUAGACAGAGAAGCUGGGCGUGCACCUGGAGAUGCUGUUCAUAAGAUCUACCCAAGUGCAUACAUAAAGGUCUUUGACUUGCGUCAGUGUCACCGUCAGAUGCAGCAGCAGGCGGCCACGGCGCAGGCUGCUGCCGCCGCUCAGGCAGCAGCCGUGGCUGGAAACAUCCCCGGCCCCGGAUCAGUAGGUGGAAUAGCUCCAGCUAUCAGUUUGUCAGCAGCUGCCGGCAUUGGCGUUGAUGACCUACGUCGCUUGUGCAUACUCAGGAUGAGUUUCGUGAAAGGCUGGGGACCGGAUUACCCAAGACAGAGCAUCAAAGAAACGCCUUGCUGGAUCGAGAUUCACUUACACCGGGCCCUCCAGCUCUUAGAUGAAGUGCUUCACACCAUGCCUAUUGCUGACCCACAGCCUUUAGACUGAGGUCUUUCACUGUCGGGGCCCUUAACAUUGUCAGGAUGGUGGACUACGAAAUACAAUCCUGUUUAUAAUCUGAAGAUAUAUUUCACUUUUGUUCUGCUUUAUCUUUUCAUAAAGGGUUGAAAAGUGUGUUUGCUGCCUUGCUCCUAGCAGACAGAAACUGGAUUAAAACAAUUUUUUUUUCCUACUUAGAACUUUUCAGGCAUGGCUCAGAGCUUGAAGAUCAGGAAAAACACAUUCUUAUUAAAUCCUCACCAGUUACGUAUGAAGGAAUCAUUCCAGUGCUGGAAAAUUUAGCCCUUUAAAAUGUCUUAGAGACUUUUAUAUGCAGAACAUUGAUACAUGUGUUAUUCUACAGAAUAAAUUCAAUAUUGCUGAUUUUAAAGGAGAGAAGUUCUCAAAGUUAAUUCACCUAUGUUAUUUUGUGUGCGAGUUGUUAUUGUUGAACAUACUUUACUCCAAAUAUUGUGCCAUGUGGGUGAGUUAAUUUUACCAAGAGCAACUUCACUCUGUGUUUAAAAAAUAAGAUAGUUAAUGUAUUAUAACCUUUUAUCCAAAAUAUUUUUUUGCAAGUUAAACUAGUGAAGAUGAUUUCAAUUCAGAUGGUCUUGCAACUUCAAUUUUAUUUUUGCCAAGGCAAAACACUAAUCUGUGUGUAUAUUGAGAAUUCCUUACAAUUAACCCCACAAAGAAAAACCAUUUAAAAUUCACAUUUGUUAUCCCUGUUGGAUAACUAUUUAUCAAGAAAUAUUCUUUUGCCCUGUUAUACAGUAGAUGUAUUCUAUAUUUCUAGGCACAAGGUUGGUCACUAAGAAGCCUAGAAGAGGAAUUUCUUUCCUUCAUGAAUUCAUAAGGAAAGUUUUUGUAUUUUUAAAAAACACUAAAAGCAGUGUCACUCCAUUUAAUAUCUCACUGUUCUACAAAGGUGGCAAUGCUUAAACUAAGUGAGUAUUUUGGAAACUGCUAAAUUCUAUGUUAAAUACUGUGCAGAAUAAUGGAAACAUUACAGUUCAUAAUAGGUAGUUUGGGUAUUUUUGUACUUGAUUUGAUGUGUGACUUUUUUUUCGUAUACUGUUUAAAUCAUGUAUGUUAUGACAUUGUUUAAAAUUCAGUUUUUGUAUCUUGGGGCAAGACUGCAAACUUUUUUAUACCUUUUGGUUAUUCUAAGCCCUUUGCCAUCAAUGAUCAUAUCAGUUGGCAGUGACUUUGUAUAGAGAAUUUACGUAGAAAAGUUGCAAAUGUAUUGACUGUACCACAGACACAAUAUGUAUGCUUUUUACUUAGCUAGUAGCAUAAAUAAAACCGAAUCUCAACGUA